AUGUGGCGUGAGCGGGGCCAGCUGUGGAAGGCCACUGACAUUGUUGAAAAUGUUGUGACUCCGCAACAUUUGCUCGAUUCCGAGCAACUACACGGAAAAAAAAAUGUUCCCCCAACUAACGAUUUUGUCAACAUAUACAUAACAGCUAAUUUUUCGCGGCAAGAGCGAACAAUUUGCUAUGAGCAGCAACAUCAUGCUGCCACAACUAACUACGUCUACACCUUUUUGCGUGAUGUCACUCCUAUGGCUUGCCGUCGCAGGCAUCGCAACCUCCUUUCUCAUCGAAGGUUCACCUGUCAUCUCCAAAGGAGAAUGCGUUGACUCCUGUGCGUACGACAACAUUUGCUUCCCAGAAGGCCAAACCUGGACAGAUUCAAGUGCGCCGGGGUGCAUACAGUUUCAAUGUCUGCAAGUUGUAGACGACAGUAACAACAGCACGGCGUACAUCAUUGGAUCUCUUGGGUACGUUGCCACUUACUUUUAAAACUUUU